CGUUCGUAGUAUUUCCUUUUAUUUAGGUGAGCUGCGCAUCAGCCGUAUCGCGAAGUGGCUUGAAAACAUUGUCAACAUUUCUAUUACUGUUGUUUACGUUAUUAUUGUCAACACCAUCGGUUAGUGUGAUCGCACGACAUGGCUUCUUUAAGGGACCGCGUAUUUUGAUAUUUAAGAAGAAGGUAAAAGUCCGAUGCAGCUCUGCGCAGUGUUUCAAGCUGCUGCCUGUCAACUUGUGCUCGAACGGCAACAGCGUUGACCGAGUCUUUCUCUUUAUUUGCGCUGGGGAAAAAAAAAAAAAACUUUUACGGGAUAAGCGAAGAAAAAAACAUAGCAACGUGUGGGCGUUUGCUCUUUUGAACCAUGUCCACCGAGGUUGCGAGCGAGUUGGACCUGACAUUCAGUUGUUUGGACGAAGGGAAUCAAAACAAGUCGGACGCGGACGGAUCCAAGAAACCUGAUCGAGCAAGCCACGAGGAGGGGCAGCAGGAUCCUCCUCAAGUCGACUCGAAACAUCAAAAACACGGGGUCAUGGAAAGCAAAGCGGGUGGCCUGGGCACGGACUGCACAAUUGACAAGGAGAACGAUCAGAAUGCAUCAAGCCACAAAGCCACAGAAAUUGCCAAGAAGAAAGUGAUCGAGGCUCCUCCGCCGAAAGUGAACCCGUGGACGAAGAAGAAUGCAUGCCCUCCCAAUAAUGCCACCAACAGUUCCAAACAAACAGAUCCCCAGAGUCCUGCCAAAAUUGUCCGUGCCAGCAAACCUAGGUCCAGAAAGACCAGCAAGUCAGGUGACUUCAGUGACAUCACAAACUGGCCCACCCCAGGAGAACUCGCCAGUAAGGAGCAGCAUCAUAAUGUGAUAAAUGCACAGGGGAGGAAGGUUACGUCUGGACGGAGGGAGAGAAAGAAGGAUCACGGAGGAGAGAAGAGAGAGAAAGAGAGUGGAAGUGAUGGGAGUGACAGUAAGGAGAACAGGGAGGCGAAUUCAGAUCCAAUCACAGGACUUUCAAACGAGCAGGAGGCAGAGGAUGGAGAGGAGACGCAAAGCAGUGCCCCACGCAGGAGAGGAGGCUGGCGACGAGAAAGAGAUUUCUUUGAUGACACAGCAAUUGUUCGCAGCGAGGGCAGCAAUGUUCGCGGAGGCCCAAGGGGGAGGGGCAGAGGUCGUGGGCGUGGCAGAGGUCGUGGGCGAGGUCGCUAUGACUAUUCCCACAGUUACCGGGACUCUUACCAUGACAGGUCCACGGCUCCAGCCGAGUUCGGCACCAACAUGGUCUAUUACUAUGAUGACGGUAAUCGCGUGCAGAUGUAUACGAUCGAGGAGAGUUUGCUUAAAGAAUACAUCAAACGUCAAAUUGAAUACUACUUCAGUCUCCCAAACCUGGAGCGAGAUUUCUUCCUGCGGAGGAAAAUGGAUUCCAAAGGCUUCCUGCCCAUCUCUCUCAUCGCCGGUUUCCACAGAGUCCAGGCUCUCACCACUGAUAUCAACCUCAUUAAGGAGGCAGUGAAGAACAGUGAAGUUGUGGAGCUGGUUGAUGAACAGAUCCGUAGGAAAGUGGAGCCGGAGCAUUGGCCCAUUCCGGGCCCUCCUCUGGACUCCCCGCGCACAGAUUUCUCCCAACUUAUUAACUGCCCAGAGUUUGUUCCAGGACAGACGUUCACCUCCCUCAGCAGAGUGUCAUCCUCCCCAGUCGGUCAGCUCACAGAUGAACCUGCUGUGGUGAAUGGCAAAUCAAGUGAUGCCACUGACACAGACACAGCCAAACCUCAGUCCAAAGAAUCCUCUCCCUCAGAGUCAAAGUGUAACUCUAGUGAUGAUGUGAAUUCCCCAAAAGAGUGCUCCAGCAGUUUGUCUGAUCCAGACGGCCAGCCAUGGGUACAGGUGGAGAAACGACACAGAAACUCUUCUGGAAAAAACAAGGAACGCUCAGAAUUGGUUGAGUCCAGCCCAGAGCAGCAGCCCGAGGCAGACCAGGAGGAACUGGACUUCCUGUUCGAUGAGGAAAUGGAACGCCUUGCAGCACCUCGCAAGAACACCUUCACCGAUUGGUCAGAUGACGAUUCUGAUGAUGAACUUGAUGACCGAGAUGUAAACAAGAUCCUUAUCGUUACUCAGACCCCCCCUCACCUGCGGAAACACCCUGGAGGCGAUAGGACAGGGAAUCAUGUGUCUCGUGCCAAAAUUACAGCUGACCUCGCCAAAGCUAUUAACGAUGGGUUGUUCUACUAUGAACAGGAUCUUUGGACAAACGAAGAAGGGCAGCAAGACAGUACCAAUGCCAAGGAUGUUGAGAACUUUAAAAAAAUCAACAUGAUCAGCCAAGAUGAGUUUGAAACUCUGGCAACAAAACUUCCUACUGACCCCUACCAAGAAGUCCCACCGCCACCCCCAUGCCAGACAGAUGAGUCUAGCAUGGCUCAUUCUCUACCCACGGACGUCCCAGAAUCCCCUAGUGUGCCUCGGACCCCUCGUACCCCACGCACCCCUGGCAGACAGGACCCCACCAAAACCCCACGUUUCUACCCUGUUAUCAAAGACAACGGCAACCUUGAUGGACAGACCCCCAGAAAGAGGAAAACUCGUCACAGUUCGAACCCUCCUCUGGAGUGCCAUGUAGGUUGGGUGAUGGACUCACGGGAGCACAGACCUCGCACUUCCUCCAUCAGCAGCUCUAAUGCAUCUCCAUCAGAAGGAGCCCCUGCGUUGUCGGGCAGUUACGGCUGUACCCCUCAGUCCCUGCCCAAGUUCUGGCACCCAUCCCAUGAGCUUUUGAGAGAAAACGGCUUCACUCAGCAAGUUUACCACAAAUACCGCCGUCGCUGCCUCAAUGAGAGGAAGCGAUUAGGUGUCGGUCAGUCUCAGGAGAUGAACACCCUCUACAGAUUCUGGUCCUUCUUCCUCAGAGACAACUUCAACAGGAAAAUGUAUGAGGAGUUCAAGCAGUUUUCCCUGGAGGAUGCCAAAGAGAACUACAGGUAUGGACUGGAGUGUCUGUUCCGGUUCUACAGCUAUGGACUGGAGCGGAGGUUCAGACCUGACAUCUUUAAGGACUUCCAGGAGGAGACCAUACGUGACUAUGAGAAAGGUCAGCUAUAUGGACUGGAGAAAUUCUGGGCUUUCUUGAAAUACUCUCAGAUGAAGAAUCAACCCAUUGACCCCAAACUUCAGGAAUACCUCAACAAAUUCAAGAGCAUUGAUGACUUCAGAGUAGAUCCACCGAUGGGAGAGGAAGGAAUACGAAGAAAAGCACAGGACGAGCCGAAACGUAGACGUCACAACUCUUCCUCCUCCUCAUCAUCAAAGCAAACCCAAUUCACCAAGACAUCUUCAGACAAUCAGCCUGCUGCUCGAGGGGUGGCAAAAACAACCUCAACUGAUCAGACCGCUGCCCCAACCGCAACGAAAACCGCCUCAGCCAGUCAGCUAUCAAAUGCUGGGCCAGCCAAGGCAGCCUCAGCCAAUCAGAAGCCAACCUCUUCGACCGCCAAGAGCAGCACGGCUAAUGAUCCUGCUACAAAAGCUCCAUCCAAAGAGAAUGUGAAGAAGAAUACCUCAUCAGAUGCUCGCAAAGGAGAGUCAGUAACGAGCAAAAACAAAGAUAGCCAACAGCCAAAGAAAUAAAGCCCUUAACUACAUUAUACAGUAUUUGAGUGAUUGUAACUCUAGAGCUGUGAAAGGAUUUCCAGUGCUGAUUCAGGCUUGCGUUUUAUACCGUAACCUUGGAAGUGAGCCAGUCAAACCGUUAGAGCAAAGAGCAACUGUCAGACCGUUGUGUUCACAAACUGAAGAGUAAACCAGAUUUUUCUUGGGUGUUGUACAAGACUCUUUUCUGGAUGUGUUUGUUUUUGUUUUUUGUUCUUUCAUUUGUUUUUGUUUUUCCUGCAGUUAGUAGUUUGCAAAAUCAUCAGUAUGCAUGGUGAACCUGUGCAGUUUACAGAAGAUGCAUUCUCUUUUUAAAAUUAGUUCUACCUUUUCAAAUGCCUUACAUUUCAAAAUCAACCCAAAAAAAAAAAAAACUCAUACACACAUAUACAUAUAUAUAUAUAUAUAUAUAUAACAACUCUGUCAGCAUUCAUAAUAAUAAGUCUCUUGGUUUUUAUCUCUAUUGUGUAAGUAUUUUAAUUUAACUAUGUGCCUGACCCGGACAGCACAUCACACCUAUUUGUGUGUCUGACAACAGCACAUGUUUUACUUCGUUUAUUUUAAAAACAAAAACAAAAACUCAUCAAAAAAAAAAAAAAAAAAAUCUACAACUAAAAAAAUCUAACUUGAAUUAAGGUUGACACGAUAUAACACACUAUAUAGACUAUUGCAUUUUUGCUCUUUUAGCUUGUGUAGGAAAAAUGGCAGUGAUGGAAUACUAAGUUCUUUAUGCUUUUAUGAUUAGCUGAGUGUCUGAGCUGAAGAUCAGAGAAGUACGUAGAUACCAAGCCAAAGUGGUGAGGGAUUGUGACAGAAAAGCGUUAACAUCAUCAGGAGCUAGAGGAUAUUCCUGAUAUUAAACAAACAUUUUGCCGUUCAUACCACAGAGGUGAUGGCGAAGGAGAGAAGAGAAGACGUCUUUGACUUUUUCUUUUUUUGUUGUUGUUGUUGAAAAUUUUGACUUAAAUUGGAAAACAUCUGUGUACUUGAAACGUUAUAUUUUUGAAAGGAAUUCUUCCUUUUAAAAACUUUGAAUUCUAUUGGAGUUGAGAUAAUUUAUUGUUUUGGUUUUUUUUUUGUUGUUUUUUUUUUUUUUUUUUUUUUUUUUUAAACCUUAAUUGAUUAUAAUCUCUUUUUUUUUUUUUUUUUUUUUUUUACUGAUAUUACUGAGAUUUUAGAUGACUGCAAAUGCAGUGGCUUUGAGAAUACUUUUAUUUGCAUUCAUUUCCAGGAUGAAUUUUGGCUGAUAACAUUAAAUCAGUGCUCUUUCUAUCACUUGCAAUCAUUAAUCAGACACUGAUGUCUCGAUUGUAUCAUAUUUGCUUAAGAAAACUGUACAUAAAGAAUGUUUCGAAGCAGCUGUAAUUUCAAUCAAUCCAUUUGUAUUGAUUCAUUUUAUUGUGAUGUUCUUGUUUGUGUGCGCUUGUGUGUUGGUAUGCAUGUCAGUUUAAUUUUUUUCCUCAAAUUGUAAAAUGUAAAAAAAAUAUAAAAUAUAUUAAAAUCUGUUUAUAAAACC